UGAUGCAAAAAGGUGCACGCUCCCAUUUGCACACUCUCCUCCUUUUGUGAGCGGCAGCCAUUAGUAUUUAUAGGAGUUUUUUUCCCAGUGAGCAGUCCCUUUCUUCCCCCCACAACAAACAACUCAAGGGUCUAAUAAGGGGGGAAGCAUACUCAACUUUCUCUCUCUUUCCCCUUUUCCCUGCAUACCCAUCAACAACAGCUGUUCAUACUCUGUAUUGAAAAGUUUGUUUCUUUUUUCAUUGUUGAAUAUGGAGAAUAGAAUACCUCAUGGGAGUUACUUCCAGUACUCACCUAGUAGAAUUCAUGGUCCACUUCAGAGGUCAUCUUCUCUUACAGAUCGUGAAAGAUAUUUGGCAGAUUUAUUGGGGGAGAGGCAAAAAUUGGGGCCGUUCCUGCAGAUACUGCCUAUAUGCAGUAGACUUCUAAACCAAGAAAUCAUGCGAGCAACAGCAUUGUUAUCAAAUCAGUUCGUGGAUCAGGGAAGGAUGGGACAAGAGAGUCCACAUAGGUCAGUGAGUCAACAUAUGAAUGGAGGUCAGAUAAAUAUGGGGGCAUGGAGUGCAAUGCAAACUGAGGAAAAUAGACUUCUCCAGAAAAUGGCUCCAUUUCAACCAUCCCCUCUGGAUUGGCAUGUUGUGCCGGGAGCUGCAACCACUCCUGUUGUGAAGAGAGUCAUAAGACUGGAUGUUCCUGUGGAGAAUUUCCCAAAUUAUAAUUUUGUCGGUCGAAUUUUGGGACCACGUGGGAACUCCCUAAAGAGGGUUGAAGCCAUUACAGAAUGUAGAGUCUACAUCAGAGGACAAGGCUCAGUCAAGGAUUCUAUCAAGGAAGAGAAAUUGAAAGAUAAACCUGGCUAUGAGCACCUUAAAGAGCCACUACAUCUCCUGGUGGAGGCUGAAUUUCCUGAAGACAUCAUCGACUCCCGCAUUGAUCAUGCAGUGGUGAUCCUAGAGAACCUGUUAAAGCCUGUGGAUGAAUCUUUGGAUGUUUACAAGAAGCAACAGCUAAGAGAAUUGGCUAUGUUAAAUGGUACACUAAGGGAAGAAUGCCCAAGCAUGAGCCCCCGAAUGAGCCCUAGCAUGUCUCCGUUUAGUAAUACAGGAAUGAAGCGAGCAAAGACAGGGAGAUGACACCUAGUUACGGGAAUGCUGAUUGUCUAGUGGUAGACACAGAUGAUAGCUAAUCUGCCUGAUUAGUAGUAAGACUUCCCCAGUUAGCUUCUGGUACAGAAUGCAGGAAGAAUCUCUCAGGACAGAUUCUUUAGACAUAGGUUUAAUGUGUUUUUUUACUGUAAACCAUCUUUCCUAGAGCUAUUGACCUUUAGACUUAAUCUAGGUUUAGUGGUCAUAUGUGUUAAAUCAAUCAGAAUAAUCUGUUUCUUAUUCGAUAUUGGCCAGAUUCAUGUAUUAUUUUAAUUAUGCAGAUCAACUGCUGAAUAAAUAUAUCGAGAAAACAGAAGCUUGACAUGGA